GAAAAAUAAACGAAUAUGACAUUAAAGUGCCGGCAACUUGGAACGUACCCAUUAUUGGUGCGCUGCUAUCUUCGUAUUUUUGACAGGUCAGCGCAAAGUGACAAGCACACAACUUCCGACAGCCUCUUUUUGAUUAGUUUCAUCAACGCAGAACAACCUGAAAAAAUGGUGAACGUACCAAAACAACGUCGUACUUUUUGCAAAAAAUGCAAGUGCCACAAAUUGCACAAAGUGACACAGUACAAAAAGUCGAAGGAACGUGCAGCCUCACAGGGCCGUCGUCGUUACGACCGUAAACAACAAGGUUUUGGUGGUCAGACAAAACCCAUCUUCAGAAAGAAGGCAAAGACAACCAAGAAAAUCGUGCUUCGUAUGGAAUGUACUGAAUGCAAGUACCGCAAACAAACACCAUUGAAGCGUUGCAAGCACUUCGAAUUGGGAGGUGACAAAAAACGCAAGGGACAAAUGAUCCAAUUCUAAACGCCGUUUCCAUCAAUUCUCGGUGUGCAAUACAUGUCAUUUCUUUGCCACCACAUACUACAUUCUUUUUUUGAAACAUCAUUAUGGUUUUGGCUGAUAAUAAAAAAAAUUAAGUUGUGCAAACUUAAAAAUCUUUCAUAACAUA